AUGGAGGGGAUUGACUGGCCGCCGCGGCUGCUGCUGGUCCUGCGGCGCCACUUGGAGCAGUUGGAGCACCCCGAAUUCCCGCGGACCCCGCCACUCACCACCGCCGCCGCCCAACAGACCGUCCUGUCGUUUCUUCUUGACGCGCACGAAUGCGCCAAGCAGCUCUCGAAGUUGUCGGAGCCCUUCGUCGACUGCUGCCAGAAUCUUGUGCUGGACACCAUCGAGCAGUGCUGCGCCUCUUCGUUCCUCUCGUCGAGGGAGCGACGGGUCAUCAAUCUUUUGGCGGUGCAGCGGGAGAAGCGGUCGGAGGGGCGGCUCGGGCAGAAACGACGCCACAGCGAGAAGGCCGCCGCUGCACCAGCCACAUCCUCGCAUAAGUGUGCGGCGGUGUUGCCUUUGGAGUACCUCCUGCGCUUCUUCCUGGCACUGCCGUCUAUUUUGGCGCACUACGACAAACUUGGCGGCGCCACCAUGCCGGCAUCGUACAAGCAGCCCCUGUGGGACUACGUGAACGCCAUUCUCAGCAUCAUGAAAGGUAUGGAGUUUGUUGACCCCGCCGCGUAUGUCCUUUUGAAAUGA